GCUUUGACUGGCGUUCCUAUAUAGCUACCUGCCACCCGGCGAUUUUCUCACUCGUGUACACACACCAGCUGUAACUGGGGGUUCAUCUACACGUGCUCACGAGACUAUAUAUAUAGUCCCAGGCAUUUACAUCACCAAACUCGUGUCAAUAAGCACCAAGCCAGAAUCGGCAGAAUGGCAGAGGUAAAGGCGAAACGUUUCAUACAGUCUAGCGAUGCACCAGAUGGCCAGGCGUACUGCACGAACUUUGGCGCACACAAGCCCGGGAUGAGUAUGACCGAAGUAGCCGAGUACUACUCUAAGUGGGCGGGAGAGUAUGAGCAAGACCUAAACCAAGACAGAUAUCAAGGCCCGUAUUACGCAUGCAUGGCAGUAACGGAGGCAUUUCCGGUCGACACUACGAACCGGAAGUCAGUCAGCAUCUUAGAUGUGGCAUGUGGUACUGGAUUCCUAGGAGAAAAGCUUAAGAAAGAGGGCUUUGUCAAUGUGGAUGGUCUGGACCCGUCUGAUAAGAUGCUAGAUGUGGCCAGGGCAAAGAAUAUAUAUAACAAACUGUACUGCGAGUUCAUGUCCGAUGCCACUCUACCUAUUGACAAUGGUAAAUACUCCUGCGUUGCGGUGGCCGGAGGGAUGGGGGAGGGACACAUCCCAUGUGCUGCUCUAACGGAGAUGAUCAGGAUAGUCAAACCAGGUGGAUACAUCAUCAUCGUGAUGAGGGAGGAAUAUCUUACACACGUGCAGGAAUACGCAGGAAAAUUGGAAAACUUCUUCCUAAAACUGGAAAAAGAGGGAAAAUGGAAACGUUGUUCGCAAACAGUUGUACCCAAAUACUCGUUUGACAAUAAUGGAAUUAUAUUUAAAUUCAAGGUGUGUUAGAAAUGGUGCAAUAAAUGGGAUGAUAUUCAAGUUUAAAGUGCGCCAGAGAUAGAAUUAUGUUUGUUGAACAUUCCAGCUUACCCAUUUAUUAAAUUUACGUUUUUAACUUGAGUUAUCAUGCAAUUACCUGAUCGAAAUAGAAAAUAUUAAUUACAUUUUCAGUACCUUUUGUGAAUGGUUCAUAAGCCUUGAUUUACUCGGCACGCAUCAAUGAUUGAUGACGUCCCAUAAUUGCGUCUCGUUUGUGGAACAUAUAUAUAUAUAUAUAUAUAUAGCUCCGUCUACAUGUAUUGUUGUAAACGUCAUAGAAAUUGAUCACGUUCUGUAGUCAGGUAAUGAGAAGGUACUGGGUAACAACAGUUGCAGGUACAAUGGUUAUUGUGUUAAUGUAAGUGUAGACGGUAAACAUUGUAACGGUAAUGCACAAGCGUUCUGUAUAUGUUUAGGUAAGAUUAAUGAUAGUAUCUAUAUGGGAUUGGUCAGAGGGUGUAAUAAAUUGGACGAAUGUAUAGCAAAAUCUUCACAUAUCAUUUGAAUUUGAAUAUGACUUUCAACCAGCGUCGACGACAUGUUAAGUGUGCGGCAGUGUUAUCUAUGGUGGCUUAUAUAUGACAUUUCGUCUUUUCGCUUUGUCGCCCGUGAAAUAACGCCAAGCGAAAAAACGAAAUAACGAAAA